ACAUGUACGACCCGUCCAGGCAGUGCUCGCCGCUCGAGAUCGUCGCCGACGACGACGACGACGGCGACGACGAGGACGAGGACGGCGACGGCGGUCUCGCCGCGACCUUGCCCGCGACCGGUCCGCGAGAGAGAUCGAUCCGUCAAGAAGCCGUUAUCGUAACCGGCGUGCCGUGAGCGCGCCGAUCGUCCCGUCGCCGCGAUCAACCACCGAGUGUGCACACUUGUUCGACCCGCCGAUCGAACUCGCUCUGUCUUCCUCCGAUCGGCCGGGUCGUCGAUCGUUCAAUCGGAAGAGGGUAAACGUCGGUAGUGUCGACCUCGGGGAGAUCUCACGCGGAAAGGAAGAAAAUCCUCGCGAGUGCGGGGACGGAGACGCGUCGAGGACGAGGGUGUUUUCCUUUCGCGAGAGAACGGCUCCGUCGGGCCCCUUGAACGUGGUGCAACGGUUAGACGAAGGGAAGUGCGGGGAGCCGAGCCGGCUGAUCACCGGCCGGCCGACACGGGGCUGUUUUUCCCCCAACCCCCCCGCCGGUCGAAUCGACUUGCAGCAACGGUGCGGCACGCGUCUCGCCGGCAGCGAAGCUCAACGCGACAGACUGGCGGGAAGCGUCGCCGCGGGGGGAUGGACGCCUGCGCUUCGACGCCGGCCUUGGAUGCGGUUACGGGCGUCUAGACGCUAAGACGACCUUUUAAUUUCCCCGAGACUGAUAGAUGGGACGCGCUGCGAAACAAAUAACGCCACCUUCGUGUCGUGUACGUUCGUCUCUCUGUCUGUCCGUCUCUCCACCCGUCCGUAUGUCUAAUCGCUAUGUUUUUUCUCUCAGCGCACCCACUCGUAUCUGCACCUCGAGGGCUUUUAUUGGCCCAUUUCCGCUAUCCAAUCACAUAUCCCCGGAACCUUUGACGUUAUUUUGGUGAUUUUUCUUUUUUUUUACGAGAAAGCGAGAGAGGGAGAGAGAGAGAGAGAGGGAAAGAGAGAGGGUGGAAGAGUGAAGGAGAACGUUCGCUCGCACCCGUCAACACGAAAAUUAUAUGUGCGCGCACGCGGUCGAUUAGAUCCGUCUCUAUGAAUAUUGCAAUAUGUAAAUCCAGUUUUCUCUUGAACUUGCUCUACUGUCUUUACGAAGCAACUCCUACCCUUCCCCCUCACAUUCGUUUAACCUUCACUCACGUUUCCACCCGGACGCGAAACAUCCUUGAAGGUCGUGAGCGAGUAGGCCUUUUAACACUGAAUGACGGAAUAUCUCUCGAGUUUCCGGCGACGUCCCGGACGGGGACCUCAAAGAGCCCCAAUUUGUAUGUAAACCGAAGAAGAUCUAAGGAACUCGGAGCCCCGCGUUAUCUCGCGAGAACGAACUCCCCUGCCGGAAGUGAUCGUCGCGUCGCCUUCGUCGAGCGUCCGGCGAGCUGGACGACGAACUAUCCGCGCGAUACCACGACGUCCGAUUCGCCUCGGGAGUGUGUCCGUAGGCGGAAGAAGCGGAAGAAGAAGCGGUCGAAUCGCCGCGAUGAAAUCGAGCCGCGAGCAGCGGCGAGCGCGCCGCGGACGGAGCCGCGCAGCGAACACCUGACGCGACGGUUCGCGCGACCCCGGGAACGCGAGUCUGUGAUGGAAAUCGAGGACCAGCCGAUGGCCGCGGGGCAGGGGGCGAACCGGUCGGUGGGGAAGUUCGGCCUGGUCGCCGAUGACGGCCUCGUCGCCGGUGAGACGCGGAACGUCGCGCUCACCGCGCUCAAGGGCGCCGUGAUGAUCGGCAUCAUCGUGACGGCGCUGCUGGGCAACGCCCUGGUGAUCGCGAGUGUGCGCCGCCACCGGAAGCUACGGGUACCGACGAACCGCUACGUGGUGAGCCUCGCGACCGCGGAUUUCCUCGUGGCGGUGUGCGCGAUGUCGUUCAACGCGUCGGCCGAGCUGUCCGGCGGCCGUUGGCUGCUCGGCCCGGUCAUGUGCGACGUGUGGAACUCGAUGGACGUGUACUUCUCCACCGCCUCGAUCCUGCAUCUCUGCUGCAUCAGCGUCGACCGUUACUACGCGAUCGUGCGGCCGCUCGAGUACCCGGCGAUCAUGCGCACCGUCACCGUCACCGCGAUGCUGGCCAGCGCCUGGUGCUUACCGGCGCUCAUCAGCUUCAUCCCCAUCUUCAUGGGCUGGUACACCACCGAGCGGCAGCUCGAAUUCCUACGGGAACACCCGCAGGUGUGCGCUUUCGUGGUGAAUCGGCCGUACGCGAUAGUGAGCUCCCUCGUGUCCUUCUGGAUCCCGGGCGUCGUCAUGAUCAUCAUGUACUGCAAGAUCUACAAGGAAGCGGUGAGACAACGCGCCGCCCUGAGCCGAGCGUCUAGCAGUACGGUGUUGAACAACGCUGUUCACGCGCGUCGCUCCUCCGGUGGUUCCCGACACCACUCGAGGACGUCGCACCAGCUGCUGCUGCAUCCGAGCGACGCCAGCGACUACGGCAGGCCGCCCCUCUCGUAUCGAGCCUCCGCAGCGGAGCUCAACAUAGAGAACGGCACCUCGAUACGACAACAAACGAAGAGUUGGAGAGCUGAGCACAAGGCCGCGAGGACACUCGGCAUUAUCAUGGGGGCAUUUAUACUUUGUUGGUUGCCGUUCUUUCUCUGGUACCUGACGACGUCCCUAUGCGGCGAAACCUGCUACUGUCCGGACACGGUGGUGUCGGUGCUCUUUUGGAUCGGUUACUUCAACAGCGCCCUGAACCCGCUCAUCUACGCGUACUUCAACCGCGACUUUCGCGACGCCUUCAAGGACACCCUGAAGAGCGCUUUGCCGUGCUGCGCCAGCUGUUGGAAGACGCCAUCGUCGCAAUUCGUGUAGCCCGGCACAAAAAGAUCCGCUCCCGCCCCCCCGCCACAAGCACUCUCUCACUCCUUUUUUCCCUGUCCCCCGCCUCCGCGGCGAGUUCACUCUCUUUUUCCCCCGUUUGUUUUUCACUUUCUCUCUCUCUCUCUCCCUCCCUCCCUCUCUUUCUCUCUCUUCCUCUUUUUGUUUUAACAACGAAUUGCCAGGCGGAAUCGAGUUGCGCGAGCGCUUCGUUUCGGCGAUUUUCGCGCCAGCCGACGCGCGAACCAGUCGAGUUCGCAAUUAACGCUUAUUGCCCGGCUCCAUCGACUAUACGCGCCACCGAUUUUUUCGUGUUACUCGCAACUUUAUACGACGAGAGAGAGAGAGAGAGGGAGAGAGGUAGAGAGGGAGGACGGCGUUAGGUCGAUCGUUAAUCGUCGCCGCGCGGCUUUCCGUCGAAAAGCGCCGUUCUCUUUUUCGUCCAACCGCCCUGUGUAACGACUCCUGUUGGCGACGUGUGAUGUAUGACGGGCGCUCGUUUCCACCGCCGAUUUGAAGUAAUACACGUUGAUACAAACUCGAAACUGGGUAUUUCGCGUAGCAACCGAGCGAUGGUUUUACUUACAAACCGGACGCGACCAGCGAAAAGCAUGACUUUGACGCGUCGACCGCCGCACGUCGAUUUCCGCCGAUUGCGCGACUAACGGCGAAAUUGCCGAAGAUGCGGGAAAACGGGUGUAAGUCGGAACAAGUGUAUGCUUCACUGGCUUCUUAUCGGUCGUACCACCAAUUUCUCGGAGAGAUGCAUUUGAUUAUAUUUUAUAAUUAUCUUCUCUCUAGGAUUGGAAGGGAAGAAUCAAGGAUUCCUCAAAUUUUGUGACGGUAGAAUCUAUCUAGUUGGAAAAAAGGUCGAAUGAGUAAUUUGAAAUAAGAAGAUAUAUGGAGCCGAAAAAUUUAGUCAACAAAGAAAGUUUAUCGGAAUUGAGGUAGUCAAAUAUGUACGCAAUAAAACAAAAAAACGAAAACGAAAAAUUCAAAUAUUGGAAGGUCGUUCCAACUGUAUAAUACGAGUAAUUCUAAAUAGAAAAAGGUAUUAAAUUUAAAUGCAGGGAAUUAGUCCAAUAUUCCUUAGCAGAUUUUUACUUGGAUCAUGUAAAUUUUACUUGGAUUAAGUGAUUAUAUUUUAUUCCGAUCAAGGAGUAUUGGAAUAAUAAUUUACCUGAAUCCAGAACUUUCGUUUCACUGUCCACUUUUAAACGGAAGGGUUAAGUCAUUCAUACGAUAAAUACAGCCGACAAUAUGUCGACUCAACAGCGCAGUCGCCUUGUUAAAUUAAAUAUCGACUUGUUUUCACACAAAUCGGACGUCGAAAGACACUGGAAUUUCGCCGAGAGAAUUGGUCGGCGGUUUAGUUGGCCGUGUACGAGCCUGAAAUUCAGUUCGUUCAGCACGAUUCGAGUUAUUCUGACCCAUCUUUUUUCACAAUAACUUAAUUAAAGACGCGGUAGUGUCACGAAAUGUCGGUCACCGGACGUGUUAAUAUGCGCGCGCCCUCCUUGUCGUUCAAUGGCUCUCACUGGAGCAUCAUUUCGAACCUCGUUCAUUCGGAAUAUUUCCCAGCUGGAAACGUUGAAAUAAUUACCUCGACUGUGCUACGCGUUUCGGACGUUGACUCGAAACCCCGAGGCUUCUCGGAGAGGAAAGGACUGAAUGCGGAAGCGCGGCUCACGAAGCCGGUAAGUUCCUACGAUUCCGCGCAUAUACAUUAGGUCGCCGAGUUAAUCGGCGGGCGUAUUUCUCGCAUAGCGCGCAUAACGACGACAGCGGCGUUAACCCCUUUAAAUGCACAUUGCGCGUAAUUAUAUCCUCCGCGCUUUUCGCACGUCAUGCGAUACGUAUCGGCGGAUAGCUAAAGAAAUAUCGCGGUCUUAUUUCCCGCGAAACGCCCAAUUUUUUUUUUCACCCGUGUUGAUAUUUCAAUAUCCCUUUCUUCUCGUUUUUCUUUUUUUUUCUUCUUUUCAAUCUUCCUGGGGACACCCCUUAUCGUUGUAUCGUUCCGAAUAUAUUCCGGUUUUCAUGAGAGAAAUGAAUGUCACGUAUUUUCUGCCGUUUCACGCGCGUCCACGCGUCGAUAAAGAAAGGAAAAAUCCGGUGAGAAUUUUUAAUAUCCCCUUCCGUCAUUCCCCCCACCCCCCCUGACAUUGUUGCGCUUUUUCCCACACCCGGGAAAGUAUGAAAUCGCGUGUCGAAUUCGCGAUAGAUUUCGCGAUGAUAAUUCUUCUCUUAAGAGGAGGAAGCGUGAGAGAUACAACAGGAAGAAGAGGGGUUUAUUAUUUCGAGCAUCGCGCAUUUGUAAAUGUUAAUAUUCCAAAUUACAUGUAUCCAUUUCCGAAUUUAACAAUUUACGAAUGCGCUGUUACGUUGCUCAAUUCGGCAAAAAUAGAAGCGGGGGAAGCCAUUAAUAUUAUUUUCGAAGCCGUUCCGCGCAGCAGCUCCCGCGGGCUGCUAUUUCCAUUGAUUUAUUAUUAAACUGCCGCUCCGCGGCGCUCAACGGUGAAUUACGAUCGCGAUAAAGCGCGACGUAUAAAAAUGCAUACCCACGCGUUUAAGGGUUAGGCGAGCGGCGGCAGCCGUGCUGUGCGUUCCUCGAACCCACUCGUCGUCGACGUCGUUUCCGGAGUGACGAUGCGAUCGGCAGAUAAUUGUCCGGCUACGUAAUCGCCCGAAAUGCAAUCAAUAAUGAAAUUCGUGCCGUCGGGAUCAACGAAUCGCGUCGCAGCGGAACGCGAGAAAUGCAUUCGAAACUCGCGCACGCGAAAUUAACGUUUUCCGACAAAGGGGUGAGCUAAAACGGGUUAUUAGCGAGUCGAAUCGGCACCGCCCAGAGCGAUUAUCGCUUCAACAUUUGAGGCUCCGCGGAGCCUCGACUCGAGAGUUACUCGCGCCGCGGAUCACACUGAGAGAACAAGUAUCUAACAGAUAAAAAUAUUUAUUCGUUGGGUACUGAUGGGGGAAGAGCACCAAAACUGAUAUAGGUAUGGUAAACCGACACACCAAUGUUUCUCGGCUGCAAUGCGCUGAAAUCCGUUGGACAGAACUUAAAACUUCGUCUAUUGUGUACAGUCGGAGCUGAAAUCGGUUUCCGUUUGCAAAUGCGACUAUGUUAUUAAGAUUGUUGAAUUUCUCGUCGUGCUGAAGUUUUAUCGAGCUGUCUUUUCGUGAAAAUUAAAGUAAUAAAUCGACGGUAAGUAAUUUAUUCGACAAUGAUACGUCUAUUCUGAUGCUUCUCCUCUAACACAAUCGCUUUCACACUAAAGCUAACAGAUUCAAGAAAAUGUAUAUCAAUUUAAGACGAUGUAUGUUGAAUAAAUAUUUCUUACUUUCUACAUAUUUUUUCUCUCAGAACACUAUCCGACAUAGGCGGACGUCGACGUCGGCGAUCGAUGGAAUAAAUAUUUCUAGAUCGCAGAUCGAUUAACGGGUACGUUGGCCGAAGCAAGGAUCUCUCCCCACCUUCUUUUCGUUUCCUUUCGGAAAAUCCGCAGCGCAGCGGAUAUCAAUUUGCGAAUACUCGCCAUCGAGGAAACUCCCACACGCGUUCCGAAGAAACAAUUUCGACGAGUAAUCGCUUCUCGAAAAUAUUCAAUAUUUAAUUCUCAUCGUUGUUAAUUACUUCGUAAUAUCGCGCUGUUAAUUGGAUACUUUCGGGAAACGCGGUCAGAGCAGCGAUCGCGGUACGAAGUGAAAUUUCUCGCGAUACGAACCGCAACUUCUCCCAAUUCCGCCGUGUUGGCGAUCAAUUUCCGAGGCGGAGAUGAGAUUCUUCUUACGCGCGUUCGUGGACUGAUUAACAACGAAAGUCGUACGUUGAUCUUUUUCCUUCCUUCCGGGCUCAGCUCGGAAGUGGAAGUUGGAAGGAGGAAGAUCGCAGCGUCGUCGUGAAGCUACGCGGAAUACGAAUAGCCACGCUCGCGAGACAUACAGGAAGGAAAGGAGAUAGGAGAGGGGGGGGGGCAGGGAGAUUUGUUAAUCUGCGUUUACCCUGUAAGUACGUCGAGGAGCCCGGAGUUAGCAGGCGAGAUAGACGAAUAAAGGGAGGGGGGGGAGAGAAAAAGAGAGAAAGAAGGCGAGAUGAAAGGAGAGAUGGAGGGAGCGAGAGGGAGCAGUGCUAAUUAGAUGUAAUUACUAGCGCCGGCACGCGAGGCUGUAUCAUAUGUAACUUGCGACACUUAUUAACGGCGAGACCGUGCACGUGUGUGUAAUAUUAUGGUAAUCGCGAAAAUAAUACAAUUAACGCCGCGAUGGAUUAGUACGCAUAAAGACGCCGCGUCUCCGUGAUGCUAUCGAUCCGCCGCUGCAUCCGAAGGACGACAGGCGCCACCCGUCGAAUUUUCAGUCACAGGCCGAAUUUCAACCGACACCCGGUAAUAAUUUCACUGUUAAUUGCGGCAAUGUGCUUCCGGAUCGCGAGCGACGGCGCUGCGUCGUCGUGUCGUAUCACCGAUUUAGGAAAUUGUGAAAUUGCGUCCGCAGCUGACGCGUGUCGCGUCUUAAAUCGGAUAUUUUCCACCACCGAUAUCCAUCCGGAACUCAAAGUCGCGAGUAUUACCCGAGUAAUCGAAUACUAUACGAAUAAUCGGAUACCUGGCCGAUACUCAAACCGAUGAAUAUUAUCUGAAUACUCGGUGAGGGAAAAAUGGUAGAAUCAACGGAAUUUUGUUUAAACGAACAAUAUUUCCGUAAGCACAGCGGUUAGUCCAUUGAACAAAUUAUACAGUCGCUGUAAUGAGUUAUCGACGAAUUCAGCAAUUACGAUCUGGCCGAUAACUGUAUCAACGUAAUAUCUCGUUGCGCCAACGCGUAAUUCGUUCAGUGGUUACGAUAUUUUCUGGAAGUAAAGUUGACCGCUGAUGUCGAUUCGAUCGCUUUUUCUUCUCAGAGUACUUGGAACUGAAAAUCGCGAAUAAUAACCGGUCUAUCUCUGAUCUGUUAUUAAUUGCCGCCGCAAUUAAUUAUAUUUUUCUAAGAUAAAGGUAAGCGCCAAAACUGAUAUAGGUAUGGUAAAUCGACAUACCCAUGUUUCUCGACCCUGUAGUAUUAAGUCCUGCCGGACACUACAUGAACUUCGUCUACUAUGUGAAAUAGUUCGAGCUGAAGUGGUAGUUUCCGUUUGCAAGCGCGUUCGGUUAUAUUAUUAGCGUCGUUUGAUUUUUCAUUGUGCUGAAAUUUCGUCGAAUUUUCUUCAUGUGAAAAUGCAAAUAAAAAAUCAGCGGUAAGUAAUUUAUUUGACAAUGCUAUUUUGUAGUGUAAGUUCCGAACUUUUUAAAUCAUUUCUCAAUUUUAUGCAAUUAUUCUCUAAUCUCUGUCAUUGAAUCACGGAAGAAAAAUCAGAGUCAGAGGUUGUUCUGUAAACCGACAUACCUGAGUUUUAAUUUUUCAACUGACAUAUCUGGAGAGAGUUCUCGUGUAUUCGGACAGUGCAGACCAUAAACACCAUGACCCGUAAUUUGUGAAUUUGGCAUACCUCUUGAUCGUAUUAAUUUUCAAUUAUUACCUCUUAAUCGGCCACAAGCCAAGUACCGUCGCCGAACAGAACUCAUCCCGAAGAGCCUCGGCAGCGAAUUUUGUGGCGCGUGAGACAGCCGCGCUCGCGUUUCUUUAUCGAUACGAUCCAUCGCGCGCGAUACCGCCUGUACAAUAAAUGUACCAUAUAGUGAUAAAACGGAGAGAGGGACUGUAAAUAUAUGUAUACGUAGCGCACUAUUUGCGAGCGGACGAACGAAUGAAUGAAUGAACGAACAAACGAACGAACGAACGAACGAAUAAACGUACGAACGUA